AAUAAAGAGUUUGUGUGUCGAGGGCAUGACUACGAAAGGCUGGAGGCCUUCCAACAGAGAAUGCUGAAUGAGUUCCCCCACGCCAUCGCCAUGCAGCACGCCAACCAGCCCGACGAGACCAUCUUCCAAGCGGAAGCUCAGUAUUUGCAGAUCUAUGCCGUGACUCCCAUCCCGGAGAGCCAGGAGGUCCUGCAGAGAGAGGGUGUCCCAGACAACAUCAAAAGUUUCUAUAAAGUGAAUCACAUCUGGAAAUUCCGCUAUGACAGACCAUUUCACAAAGGCACUAAAGAUAAAGAAAAUGAAUUCAAGAGUCUCUGGGUGGAGAGAACAUCAUUAUACUUGGUGCAGAGUUUACCUGGAAUUUCCCGCUGGUUUGAAGUGGAAAAGCGUGAAGUGGUAGAAAUGAGUCCUCUGGAAAAUGCAAUUGAAGUGUUGGAAAAUAAGAAUCAGCAGCUGAAGACUCUGAUUAGUCAGUGUCAGACAAGACAGAUGCAGAAUAUUAAUCCCUUGACCAUGUGCCUGAAUGGAGUUAUAGAUGCUGCGGUUAAUGGUGGAGUUUCCAGGUAUCAAGAGGCAUUUUUUGUCAAAGAAUAUAUCUUAAGUCACCCUGAAGAUGGAGAGAAAAUUGCACGGUUAAGAGAGCUGAUGCUUGAGCAGCCAUUGCCUCAGCUGCCAAAUGCCGCCUGGCCCAACAUCACCACCUUCCUGGCUGUCCCGCAUCCAGUGACUGAGGAAGAAACAGCCCAGCCAUCUGGGCCCAAUAACAGCACAACCCUCACAGCCUGGUUGAGGCCCAGAGAUCCCCUGGAUUUCCUGCUACAGAUAUUUACUGUGUUCCGAAUAUUGAUACGCCCAGAGAUGUUUCCAAAGGACUGGACUGUUAUGCGCUUGGUGGCUAACAAUGUUAUUAUUACAACAGUUCUGUACCUGUCUGAUGCACUUCGUAAGAACUUCUUAAAUGAAAACUUUGAUUAUAAAAUUUGGGAUUCUUACUUUUACCUUGCCGUCAUUUUUAUCAACCAGUUGUGUCUUCAGUUAGAGAUGUUCACACCUUCCAAAAAGAAGAAGGUGUUAGAAAAGUAUGGUGACAUGCGCGUCACAAUGGGUUGUGAAAUUUUCAGCAUGUGGCAAAACCUAGGAGAGCACAAGCUUCAUUUUAUUCCUGCCUUGAUUGGCCCUUUCCUAGAAGUGACCUUGAUACCCCAGGCAGAUCUCCGGAAUGUCAUGAUUCCUAUUUUUCACGAUAUGAUGGACUGGGAGCAGAGGCGGAGCGGCAACUUUAAACAGGUGGAAGCCAAGCUCAUUGACAAACUGGACAGCCUGAUGUCUGAAGGCAAAGGUGAUGAAACGUACCGCGAACUCUUCAACAGUAUUCUAUUAAAGAAAAUUGAGCGGGAAACAUGGAGGGAAAGUGGCGUUUCAUUAAUUGCCACUGUAACUCGUCUGAUGGAGAGGUUGUUAGAUUACAGGGACUGCAUGAAAAUGGGAGAGGUAGAUGGCAAAAAGAUUGGCUGCACCGUUAGCCUUCUGAACUUCUAUAAGACUGAACUAAACAAGGAAGAGAUGUAUAUACGCUACAUCCACAAACUCUAUGAUCUGCAUCUCAAAGCGCAAAACUUCACAGAGGCUGCAUAUACUCUCCUAUUAUACGAUGAGCUGUUGGAGUGGUCGGAUCGGCCCCUCCGGGAGUUCCUGACCUACCCCAUGCAAACAGAAUGGCAACGCAAGGAGCACCUGCACCUUGCUAUUAUCCAGAAUUUUGACCGAGGCAAAUGUUGGGAGAACGGCAUCGUCUUGUGCCGGAAGAUCGCGGAACAGUAUGAGAGUUAUUAUGACUACAGAAACCUGAGCAAGAUGAGGAUGAUGGAAGCCUCUUUGUAUGACAAGAUUAUGGACCAGCAACGUCUUGAACCAGAGUUCUUCAGAGUUGGAUUUUAUGGGAAAAAAUUUCCAUUCUUCUUAAGAAAUAAAGAGUUUGUGUGUCGAGGGCAUGACUACGAAAGGCUGGAGGCCUUCCAACAGAGAAUGCUGAAUGAGUUCCCCCACGCCAUCGCCAUGCAGCACGCCAACCAGCCCGACGAGACCAUCUUCCAAGCGGAAGCUCAGUAUUUGCAGAUCUAUGCCGUGACUCCCAUCCCGGAGAGCCAGGAGGUCCUGCAGAGAGAGGGUGUCCCAGACAACAUCAAAAGUUUCUAUAAAGUGAAUCACAUCUGGAAAUUCCGCUAUGACAGACCAUUUCACAAAGGCACUAAAGAUAAAGAAAAUGAAUUCAAGAGUCUCUGGGUGGAGAGAACAUCAUUAUACUUGGUGCAGAGUUUACCUGGAAUUUCCCGCUGGUUUGAAGUGGAAAAGCGUGAAGUGGUAGAAAUGAGUCCUCUGGAAAAUGCAAUUGAAGUGUUGGAAAAUAAGAAUCAGCAGCUGAAGACUCUGAUUAGUCAGUGUCAGACAAGACAGAUGCAGAAUAUUAAUCCCUUGACCAUGUGCCUGAAUGGAGUUAUAGAUGCUGCGGUUAAUGGUGGAGUUUCCAGGUAUCAAGAGGCAUUUUUUGUCAAAGAAUAUAUCUUAAGUCACCCUGAAGAUGGAGAGAAAAUUGCACGGUUAAGAGAGCUGAUGCUUGAGCAGGCACAGAUUUUGGAAUUUGGUUUGGCCGUGCACGAGAAGUUUGUACCUCAAGAUAUGAGACCCCUACACAAAAAGCUGGUCGACCAGUUCUUUGUGAUGAAGUCAAGUUUAGGGAUUCAGGAGUUCUCUGCUUGUAUACAAGCCAGUCCAGUCCAUUUUCCUAAUGGAAGCCCCCGCGUGUGUAGAAACUCAGCCCCUGCUUCCCUGAGCCCAGAUGGUACCAGGGUAAUUCCUAGACGCAGCCCAUUAAGUUACCCAGCUGUCAACCGAUAUUCUUCCUCCUCACUGUCCUCACAAGCUUCUGCUGAAGUAAGCAAUAUUACAGGGCAAUCAGAAAGCUCUGAUGAAGUCUUUAACAUGCAGCCAAGUCCAUCUACCUCAAGCUUGAGUUCGACUCACUCUGCUUCUCCUAAUGUGACAAGUUCUGCCCCCUCGAGCGCCAGAGCUUCCCCCUUGUUGUCUGACAAACACAAACAUUCCCGAGAAAACUCUUGCCUGUCCCCGAGAGAGAGACCGUGCAGUGCCAUCUACCCAACACCUGUGGAACCUUCUCAGAGGCUGCUGUUUAAUCAUAUUGGAGAAGGGGCCUUGCCACGCAGUGACCCGAAUCUUUCUGCACCUGAGAAAGCUGUGAAUCCCACCCCUAGCAGCUGGAGCCUGGACAGUGGGAAAGAAGCCAAGAACAUGUCGGAUAGUGGGAAAAUUAUCUCUCCCCCUGUCCCUCCAAGACCCACACAAACUGCUUCACCAGCAAGACAUACAACGUCAGUGUCCCCCUCACCUGCUGGGAGAUCUCCGUUGAAGGGCUCCGUGCAGUCUUUCACGCCCUCUCCGGUGGAGUACCACUCCCCAGGACUCAUCUCCAACUCCCCGGUCCUGUCGGGCAGCUACAGCAGUGGGAUUUCUUCGCUCAGCCGGUGUAGCACCUCGGAAACCUCAGGCUUCGAAAAUCAGGUGAAUGAACAGUUGGCGCCGGGGCCGAGCUACAGCGGGCCAGAGGAGCCGGGGCGCAAGGAGAGCAAAACACCGCCGCCCUAUAGCGUGUACGAGCGGACUCUGCGGCGGCCCGUCCCGCUACCUCACAGCCUCUCCAUCCGGGUCACGGCCGAGCCGCCCGCACUGCCCCCCAAGCCGCUGGCGGCGCGGCCCGGCCACCUGGAGAACGGGACCCGGAGGACUGAGCCCGGCCCGCGCCCCCGGCCCCUGCCCCGCAAGGUCUCGCAGUUAUGAGUCCCUUUGCUGGUCUCCCGCGGUGACGCUGAGUCCUGGCGGUUUACAAGAGAAUAGGCAGUAGGACGAGGAGACAUUUAGUGUAGGCACUUUAAUAACUUACUCAGAUUUGUCUUUCAAUGAAUGGAAUUAACACUUGCUUAUUAAUAUGUUGCACAAUAUUAAAAGUUACUGAUCUCAAACGCCAGAUGUUCCAUGAAGUAUGGCUGACUUUCCUUACAAUGUCUCUCGUUUGAAAGUGGUAAAUAGCGUUAAAGACUUCUUUUGUAUCUUUUUAUGUUCACCUUUUUUAUAUAGUUUCAUCUUAAAACCAAUAGGCUAUUGUCAAACAAUACGGCGCGUGAUGAUGUUGUAUACUUUUUACUGAAUACUUGAUACUCCGAGAAAGCUUACUAAAGUCAAUGCACAUCCUAACACAAUGAUCCUUGCUUUAGAAGACUUCCGUACAUAAGGGGAGAUUUCUGGCUCUUUCCGUGAACAGACUGAUCAGUGCACACCAACAGAGUUACAAGUUAAAGCAGGCUACUCAGACAAUAUACUUAAGGGGUUGCAAGGACUAGGACAGCAAGUUAUUUUGUUCCUGAAACAAAGUAACUCUUUAAGGUUGCUUUUGACAUCUGACCACCAUCUACUGUCUUAAAAUUUUAUCUUUGUGAAUCGGUUGGUAAAUCCUUUAGUAUCCUGACAUCACGGCAUCUACUGUAUUUCUUUUCAAGGUGCAAUUUACUUUCAGAGUUCCAAUCUGCUAGAUUAAGCAAAAGACCCCAGGAGAAGUGUUUACUUGAAUCUUGUGCUUCCGUACUUGAUAGUUUCCUCUGCAGCAUUUGUCAUUGAAGAAGAGCAGAUGUUCACGUGUUAAAUAGGCACAAAUUAAUGUGUCUCAUUAACAAGAAUUCAGGAAUCAAUACAGGACAGUAUUAAAUCAAUAGCGUAAAUGAAGAGAAAAAACCUUGGAGAAAAUAUAUUAGCAUGAUUAAAUGGCAAAAGGACUUUCAAAAGGUAAGGGCAUUAACUUUCAAUCCUGUGCCAAAUAGAAUAUUCUUCACAACUCUCCAAGCUCCUACCAGAGCUUGUCUUCUUGGCGGAUCCUGUUUUUUGAAGGGUGAGAAGGCUGUAGACCCCUCUGGCUUGAGUAUUGCUGCGCAGCAUCUCAGAUCUAGGUAGGGAUGCUAAAGCCACAGUUGCAGGAGUGUGAAAAAAGCACCUUGUAUGUAGUAAUGUAUUUUGUAUUUUUUUUUCUUUUAUUGACUGUUUAUAACACUCAAUUGACAAUAAAUAUGAACUGUAUUUUAAAUCAUACCGUUAAAUAUUUUCCCUCUUUUGUUGGGAAGCUCAUUUUAGUUUAACCGUGUUUGUUUUUGUUGAUAGCUUACCUGGAAGGCAGUGACCACUUUUUUAUAUUCUCUUAAUGAAACCAUUCAGCAGGUAUAUGCUGUUGAGGCUGGUUAUAGAGGUUUUCUAUGAUAAAUGUUCAAGUAUUUUUGUACAUAACUAGUUAAUUUUAAUAAGAGAUACCAUUAUGUGUAAAAAAAAAAAAAGUACAAAUAAAAGCAAACAGUUGUGGAUGCAGUAUGAUUGUAAUAAUUAUGCCAAAUACUUUAUGUAUGGAAAAAGAAUAUUUGUACAUAUGUGCUUUUAACAAUAAUUCUGCCAUAUUGACUUUACAGUUUUGAAUGAAUGUCAGAAAAAUUAAUAUAUGUUAAAAUAUUUAUGUUUAGUAGAAGUAUUCAUUAUUGAGAAAAGGAACAUGAAUUUUAGCUUUGUAUCUUGCAAGUUUUGCAGUCGGGAAUUUCUGGACUAGCUUUUGCUUUUGAUGAUAACACUUUGUGUUUGUAAUCACAUUCUUAAAAAUACACACACACACACACACACACGCAUAAGAAGCUCCAUAUUCCUGUUGCUUUAAAGAAGUAAAGCCUUCCAUUUAAAUAAGUUGACAUGCAUAAGGUAACAAAGCUUCUUUGAUUUCCUUUUCCUUUGUAAUUUAAUAGAUUGUUGACUAGUGCUUGGGCACUGUGUAAAUCAGUGUUAUUUGCUCUUGAAGCCAUUUUUUAAAGAAGUUUUUUGGCAAUGAACAGUUCAAUUUAUCAUGUGUGUAUUUCUGAAGCAGCUAUAUAGCAGAACAUUUCAAAAGAUUCUGUUAGCUCAGAUGUUCAUGUUGGUUGCUGCUGAAUGGUAAAUAUUUAAUAAAAUUACCUGAUUAAUCUUAACUAAGGAAUUUGAUAUCAAGCU